GUGGGCGGGCGGGUCUGAUUCCCCAGUCGACCCAAAAUCUCGGGAGAGAGGACGAGGGAGGGGAACAGGCAAGCAAAUGACAAGUUGGCCGUCGCGCAGUCACAAACACUCGACGGACUUUCGCUGGUGUAAAAGUGGGCACGAGCGCGUUUAAACGAUAACGUUCAAGUCGUUUAACAUGAAGACGAAAGCGUAGGUGAGGAAAACGCGAAGGUUAACGGGUCGGCGAGGGCUCAACAUGGAUGUCCGGGUGGGCGACGGUGCGGCUCUGAGCUGCAAUUAAGGCCGUUCACGGGCUGUUUCUGGUCGACACUUUGUCCCGCGAGACAUUGGAGAACUUUUGGGGGUUUAAAGAUCGUCGUAAUCUGUGUUGUCGCGAGGAACAGCUCGCAAAGAUGCUGAGGCUGUGGAGGAGCGAUGUGCCCCUCUCAGAGAGACUGGGGGUGGAUUCCCCUUUGGCUGCAGUGGCAGGCUCCCCAGUGACGCAACCACCAAGAGGGCCCAACAUUUCCUGGCUCCCCGAACCUCCCUUGAUGAGUGAGGACCAGCCCAUAUUCCUCAUGACCCCCGCAGCCCAGGCUGUGUCUGGUUUUUUUGUCUGGUCCGCCCUCAUCUUCACCUGUCACCAGAUUUACAUGCAUCUGCGUUUCUAUAGCUCACCCCGGGAGCAACGCCACAUCGUACGGAUCCUCUUCAUUGUCCCCAUCUACGCCAUCGACUCUUGGCUCAGUCUACUCUUCUUCACCAACGACCAGUACUACGUGUACUUUGACACCAUCAGGGACUGCUACGAGGCGUUUGUGAUAUACAACUUCCUGAGUUUGUGUUAUGAAUACCUUGGAGGAGAGAGCGCCAUCAUGGCAGAGAUCCGAGGGAAACCCAUCGAGUCCAGCUGCUUGUUCGGCACCUGCUGCCUGAGGGGAAAGGCCUACUCCAUCGGCUUCUUGCGCUUCUGCAAGCAGGCCACGUUGCAGUUCUGCGUGGUCAAGCCGCUCAUGGCCACCAUUACAGUCAUCCUGCAGGCGUACGGCAAAUACAAAGAUGGAGACUUCAACAUUGCCAGCGGUUACCUCUACAUCACCAUCAUCUACAACAUCUCAGUGAGCUUGUCUCUGUACGCCCUCUUCCUCUUUUACUUUGCCACGCGGGACCUGCUCAGCCCUUACCGUCCCAUGCUGAAGUUCUUCAUGGUCAAGUCGGUCAUCUUCCUCUCCUUCUGGCAGGGCGUGUUACUGGCCGUCAUGGAGAAGUGCGGCGCCAUCCCCCAGAUUAAGUCAGUGGACGUGUCUGUCGGCGAGGGGACUGUCGCCGCCGGUUACCAGAACUUUAUCAUUUGCAUCGAAAUGUUUUUUGCGGCGCUGGUUCUGCGUCUCGCCUUCACGUACACAGUCUACAUGGACAAAAGUAUAAGUGAACAAGGACCCCUUCCUACAUAUGUAGAGUUCGGCGGCUGUGCCCCGAUGCAGAGCAUCUCCAGCAGCCUGAAGGAGACCAUGAACCCGGGCGACAUGGUCCAGGACGCCAUCCACAACUUCUCCCCGGCCUACCAGCAGUACACCCAGCAGUCCACGCUGGAGCAGGGCGGCCCGCCGCCCGUGUUGCGCUCCCUCAGCAGCGUCCGCAACUACGGGGAUACCGAAAAAACCCUUCUGCUGAGCUCGGAUGACGAUUUCUAGACACAGAAAUGUACUUUAUCCUCCUCUAAGAAGUUGGUCAAUCAUUACGCGUGGGUGUGUGCGCGAGAGUGAGAGUGAUUAGUGUUCUUUUAUUUCAUGAGAGCGUGAAUGUAAGUAUGAACAAAGCACAUUUUACCUGAACACUAUACGAUAGUUUGGUGUAAAACACCUGCUUGAUAAGUAACUGUUUAAUUAUGCUUUUGUUUAAGGAUGUCUCAUUUUGAAUUUCUGCUCCAAGGUUUGAUAUCCUUGAUAGAAUUUUUUUUUUUUUUUUUAUAUAACACAACUCAACUUUGUUUUGCCUGUAUUUUAUUCUUAUAAUGUUGUGACUUUGGGCUUUUGGGGCAUUUGCUGAUCCUGAAAAUUACAUUACAUUAUUACUUUGCAAUAAAUUGACAAAGUACUACAGAA